AUGCCCACGCCUCCUGCGCAAACUGCCACUUUCGAGGCCGUCCAUGUAGAGUCCGAGGAAGAGGUGAAGGACUCUUCCACGCAGUCCCGCGGUUGGGUGAAGAAGGCUGCCUUGGCUCUGGCGUUGGGUCUUGGUGUCGUGGGCUUCAUGGCCAUGCCAAAAGCAACGAGGUUCUGCAAUGGAUUGGAUCUCGGCGCCUUUCAGGGCAAGUCCAACCUUGGCUUGGACGCACAGAUGGCUCUGAAGGCCGAUGCGCUGAAGGGUGUCAAGAAGCCCUCGGCGGCCGAGAAGAUUGUCCUCAAGGCCAUGAAGAGCACUGGCCGCAAGUAUUCCAAGCACUUCCAGCAGCGCGAGGUUCGCGCUCUGCCGGCGGAUCCUGCCGAUGCCGCCAGAGAGAUGCUGACCAAGGACGAGAUCGUCGCGUACAAGGCGACGAGGAGGGAGCAGCGCAUGCGAAAGGCCACCAACGUCUACUGCGCCUUCAACGUGCUGGAGGCCUUCGUGUCCGUGGUCGGCAUGGGCGACGACAUCAACGCGAUCAUCAGGACCUGUCCUGCUCCUCGUGACGGCGAGUCGGAGCUUGCCUGCCAGGUGAACGGAGCCAUUCUGGUGACCUGGGUGGCUAACGCGGCUGCCAAGCUAUCCUACGCCGCCACGAACUGCGCCCUCAACCUCAAUGUUGAUGCGGUGUGCUCCGUCGGCGUGACCGGCCUGGUCUCCGUGAUGGGCGAGCUGGCCGCGACCGCUUCCCUGGCGGCGGCCACAUGCACUGGGGUUCCCCCACAGCUGACAACCACCAAGAUCAGCGUUCUGGGAGACCAGACCGUGCGCGACGGCCGACGACUGCUCAUUGGACAGGGUCCGAUUGGAGUCGGCGUGCAGUGCGGGGUGGACGUUGGCAUGGUGGUGGCCAACCUCGCCAACAUGGGAAUCUCCAUCAACUCAGCGGUGAACAGUGGCCAAUGCGGCCGCGUCAACCUCAACGGGCCCAUCAACAAGGUUACCGGCAUCUACAGUGCACUUUGCACGGUGGACAUUGGCGGCGCCAUCGCCUACAUGAGCCAGGUCGUGACCUUCAUCAACUUGAUCGUCGUGCAUUGCCAGGACUUCCUGGACGUCAGCGCCCUCUGCGGCGCAAGCAUCUCGGGCAUCAUCACGGCCGCCGCCGCCAUGGCCCCCUACGGCGCCGCCGUGCAUGCCGCCUGUGCCAAGGGCGGCGUCCUGAAGAACCCCAAGAAGCAGGAGGAGAUCAACAAGCUCUACACCGUGCCCACCCCCCGGCGCUUGGAGCAGCUGAACGAGCUGAAGGAUGCCAUGGCGAACCUCAAGGGCCUUCGCCAGGGGUUGGAGGCCAAGCUCGGCUUCAAUGCCUCGGUGCCGACCCUGUACUCAGAGGCCAACUUGGAGCAGAUGGUCCAGCUCAUGGACGACGGGGUGGCCGGCGAUGGGGAGACCUCCUCCAUGCAGGAGAAAUGCGAAGAGUAA